CGUCCUGUGUUUAUUCACUUAUGCCCCUCUCUCUACAACAGCACUAACCGAUCUCUAGAGGAGAAAUACAAGACUCGUUCUGAGGCAGUCACUCUCCUUCGUGCUCGCACUCUUAGUCGUCUUUCCGACUCGGAUAACCCUCCACAAGACUUAAUCAAAGGUCUUUUAAAAUCGAGUCUUGCUUCUGCUUCCGUUGAAGCACAGCCUGACGCCAUGGUCCGCGGAGAGGCGAGCAUCAUGGACUUUGUGACCCAGAAGAAGCCCAAGAAGAAGAGCAAGGCAAAGAAAAAAAAGAAGGGAGCCGCUGCAAGUUCUGAAGUUGCAACAUGCUCAGAGAGCGAGGCCUUAGAGAAAGAUGCAGUAGCAUUGCCUUCAGCUCAGCCCUCGACUGCAAACGAGUCUGUUGAAGCACCAAAAGCCCCCAAGGUCACUCAAACUCAGACGAAAGUCUUUGCUCCGUCACCCCCGCAGCCACGCAGCAGCUCAAUUCCCAUGAAAGAGAAGCUCCCAUCCACAAAGGAAGGUCAGGUAAACCGGGGCAGUGUGACCAGCGGAUCGCCAGAGCUCCGUGCCUCGACUCCCAAGUCUACAGGGACUGAAAGCUCUCUCGCGACAAGCUGGACAACCAACCCAUAUGCUUCAUUCUCACCCCAAACCACCGCUGCCUCUGCGCCAUCUACCGGACGCCGCAGCAAACAGAGAAGCGCCGUGGCAGCUCGCUCAGUGGCCACUACCCCCUCCUCUUCCACCCUUCACGUACAGGUGAUUAGCACGCACGCACACCCCUCUCCCUCCUCCCAGUCCACCAUCACCAAAGAUAUCCAAACCAGCCGCGGCCAUAGAAUCACCACCCAGAAACCCGAAGGCUUCUUCUGGCAACUCGACAGCCACGGCUUCCCCUGCGCAAGAUCCGACUGCGACCGCCGCUGCAACCUCUGGGACGGCGCAACAGUCAUCUGUCCACGCUGUGGCCCCUUCUCGGAAACGCGCUACUGCUCCCGUGAGCAUUUGCUCAAAGAUAUCAAGGUGCACUGGGCGACCUGCUGCCAGAAUGUCUUCCAGCAUCCAUGCCGCGAGUCAACAAUCCCCAAGGACGUCAGAGAUGGACCUCCGUUGAUCCCAUGCUUGCAUCCGUAUGAUACACCCGAGCGCCACCGGCAGGCUGUGUACUUCAACAUGCACUCAAGCGUUGGAGACUAUUUUAUCUUUUCGGACUUUGUGGAUAUGGUUGAGGCGGGAUUUCCAGAUGACCAUUUGAAUUUGAGAUGCUCCAAUCGAGUUCUCCUCGCCGUCAAGUUCACGGACCCCAAGGCCAAGGAUUGCUUUAGACGGGUUCUUGCUGCUUGUCUCUUUGUAACCCUCGAAUCCCACGCCCUAACCGACUACCUCUUCCGCCUUAUCCGCGACAACCUCCGCACGACACCCCUCCCCCCAACAACCUCCCUGCCCACCCUCGAAGCCUCUCUAAAGCACCAACUCCACCAAGAGACCGGCGUGACGAUCCUGCCCGGCAUAACGGGCGAGAGACACGCAUGCGAAACCGACUGGACAGGAACCAACAGGCGCAACUGUCCCGACCCCGUCUGCCGCGCCGAGUACCGUCGUCUGCUCGGUUCGCUGGGCGGGCACGGGCACGAGGCGUUCGUUGAGCAUUUGGAGGCUUCAUAUUGGAUUCUCAGGGCGGCGAGGACCACCCAUCCAGAUGUCGAGGAUGCGGGUGAGAGGAUGAGGGGUGUUGGGUUUGAGGAUGUCGCGGAGGAGGAUCGUAGGGUUUUUUGUAGGGGAGAUGGAUGGGAUGGAGCUGGUGCUGGGGAGAUGGAGGUUGAGGGGUUCAAUGCUUGA